AAUGAUUGAGCGAUUAACGCAUCGUGACGUGGCAAACCGAUCCAACUGAACAGAUAGCAAAAGAUAACUGUGUUGCGCAAUGUUGCGAAAUACAAGGCGAGGGGAUACGAAAUUGGGGGAAUCGGCCGAAUCGGUGCGGCGAAAGGCGUGUUGUCAUUUAUCGCCGGUAGUCGUGCGCGACGUUACGCGAUAAAACGAGGCGAGUCGCGUGCCGGUGGCUUCACGUGAACAGAUGCAAGCGGACAGCGGACCAUGAUUGCAUGCGGACGCAAUAUCUGCCGAGUGGCGUCGCCAACAGUUUUGCGGGGAAACGGGACGAGCGCGAAGCACGCCGUGGCCGACGUUCUGACGGAGCGCGUGCCCUUCUCGAGGGAUUUCCUGUUUCGCCAGUUUUUCGACCCGAUAUCGAGUACGUACACAUAUCUGCUGGCCGAUGUCAACGAUAAGGAAGCAAUUUUGAUUGAUCCGGUCAUCGAAUGGGUCGAUCGUGACAAAACAAUCGUCGAGGAGCUGGGAUUAAAGCUGAAAUACGCCCUGAACACGCACAUGCACGCGGACCACAUCACCGGGACCGGUCGGCUGAAGGGCCUGUUGCCCGGCUGCAAGUCCGUGAUAUCGCGCAGCAGCGGUGCCAAGGCGGACGUGCUCCUGGAGCCGAACGAUCAAGUCCAAUUCGGCAGGCACCAACUGAGGGUGCUGCCCACUCCGGGUCACACCGAAGGUUGCGUCACGUACGUUUGCGAUGAGCAGGCAAUCGCGUUCACGGGUGAUGCGCUCUUGAUACGAGGAUGCGGCAGAACUGAUUUUCAGGGCGGAUCCGCCACGAUCCUGUACAAAUCCGUUCACGAGAAGAUCUUCACGCUGCCACGAAAUUACCGGCUAUAUCCCGCACACGAUUACAACGGCAGAACCGUCACCACCGUGGCUGAGGAGGAAGCCCUUAAUCCAAGACUGUCCAAGUCGCUGGAAGAGUUCGUCCGAAUUAUGAACAACCUCAACCUGCCUUAUCCCAAAAUGAUCGAUAAAGCUGUACCGGCCAACAAAGUUUGCGGUCUGUACGAGGUGGAAGAAGAAAAGGGCGAACAAUGAAAAUUAUUGACAGCGCUGCAGCCGAUGCACUAGCACGCUAGUAUUGUAAUUCUCCUCGCACUCUAUUAAUAAUGCAUGUGGUCCCGAUAGCUAACAUUCAUAUGUCACGAAUAGCGUGAGUAUCCCCGAUUUUAACGCAUUUUAUUAUCGGUAUUAUUAACAUUAUAAAUGAAGAAUAAUCACAUAUCUUGUUAGUUUUUAACGAACAGUAUUCAAGAGCGAUGUAAGGCACGUGAUAUUAUGGUACACGGUAAUUUUUAAUAUAUAACCCGUGUACAGCAUUGA